ACUGCUACAUCAGCUUCAGAAUUUCAGCUAAAUCAUAGCAUCCACCUCAGUCCUUAUACUCUAUUCUCUCUCAAUCUCAAAAUUCUUUUUUUUUUCUUCCUUGAUGCUAGCUCUACUCUUAGUCCUAUUUGAUGAUUUGAUUCAGCUGGUGAAAUCUCUAGGAGCUGAUGAAGAACAGAACCAGAAAAAUGGACGAUCUGUCUUCGUGCAACCUUCUUUGUGAAGAAGAAGAAACAUUUUUGGAAUUGGAAAGAGAUGAAGAAUACUCUGCCUUUCAAUCAGGAAUGGAUCAUCAAGGUGUUUCAGAGAAUGAGGAUUUGGGGGUUCUGCUUGAGAGAGAGAUCCGUAUUGGGUUCCGAAAAGAUGAGACUUUUGUGUUUGAGGAUUGGAUGAAACGUUCCCGCACAGAUGCAAUCAAUUGGAUUCUCAAAACAAGAGCAACAUUGGGAUUUCGCUUUCAAACGGCUUAUUUGUCUGUCACAUAUUUCGAUCGGUUCCUUUCCAAGCGGUCCAUUGAUAGUGAAAAGGAGUGGGCAAUCCGGUUACUAUCAAUUGCAUGCCUUUCUUUGGCUUCAAAGAUGGAAGAAUGCAGUGUGCCUGAGUUAUCAGUGUUUCAGUCAAAAGAUUACUGCUUUGAGAGCAAAGUGAUUAGGAGAAUGGAGAUUUUGGUGCUAACCACAUUGGAUUGGAAUAUGAGCAUUAUAACCCCCUAUGAUUUCCUUCCUUAUUUCAUCACAAAGUUCUGCAAUCAACCCCCACCAACUACCACUUUUUCCAAGACCAUGCAACUCAUCUUCACCACAAUCAAAGAGGUGAGCAUAAUGGAUCACAAACCAUCUGUUGUUGCAGCUGCAGCUACUUUGGUGUCAUUGGAUCAGCAACUAACCAUAGAAGCUGUAGAGUUGAAGAUUAGUUCAAUUCCUCAACAUAGGUUUCUUGAUCCUAAAGAUGUAUUUUCCUGCUACAAUCUAAUUCAAAGAUUACAAGAGGAGAAUAAUACAAGAAGAGACAAUAACGUUUUGCAUACGCCUAGUCCUUCAACAAUUGACAUGAUAGAGAGCUCUCUAAUUACUUCUUCUGCUGCUGUCACAAAGAGGAGAAGACUCUCAUUUAAUGAUGAUCAAAGUUCUGAAGGGAAGGGACUUGACUAGGGAGAAAAAAGAAUUCCAAUAUUUUCAAUUAAUUCUUUUUUUUUUCUUUUUUUUUUUUUAAAAGAAGUAUCAAUAAACUUAUGUGAAGGAAGAGUCCAUCUUUUAGGGUCACUUUUCACUCUAUAGUCUCAGCCUGAGGCUGGCUUGAAAUAGAGAUGGAGAAAGGUAUCGAUUGUUACAGCUCUAGAUAUUAUUUAGGAUUUGAUUUGAUGUGUCCCUGAUGAACCAGCUAGGAAAGAAGUAACAGAAGGGGGUAAACACUAAACAGCAAUAAAACAACCAGGUUUUGGGCUGCAUGUUCAAGUGGUCAAGUCACCAAGUGGAAGAUCUAGAAUGCUCUUUUUAGUUUUUUACCUUUAUAUUAAUUUUUUAUUUCUUUCAAUUAUUCUUAUUGUAUAGUUAUUUUUUUCUUUUUAAUGUUGGUCAUUUUAACCUUGAUAUCCAAUUUCAUAACGGAUAUUGUCA